AUGCCCCCUCAGAGCAUGCGUCUCACCAACACCACAGAAAGCAAGCACAGCCCACAACAAAGAAUCGCUACAGAUGUCUGGACUGAAAGGAAAGGCAUACUACAAAAAGAAACCUGGCAAGGCAAGACUGUUUACAACCAGAGUCAAAAGGAACUCCAAGCAUGGUUUGAACAAAGCCCUCACCCUGGUAAAGCUACCAGGAAACAAUGGGCCAAAGAAAGCAUUCCAGAGUGUAAAAUUCAGAUUUGGUUUAAAAACCUCAGAUCCAAACAAAGACAAUUGGAAUUGGAUGCUCCCGAGCAAACGGUGAAACCCAGGGACAAAACCAGCAUCAGCCUUGGACUCAAGGGAAGAAACUACUGGUCCAAAUGCAUUUCUUCAGUGGGUCCCAGAGAAAACUGGACAUCCAUCACAAGAUCUCAAUCACACAUCCUACUUACUUUUGACAGGAACCAAUUCCCUGACAUUACAACCAGGAAAAAACUGGCUAAAAUAACAGGCAUUCAGGAAUCAAGAAUUCAAGUCAGUUCUGUCAGUGGCACCAAAUAUGUUCUACCUGAGUUCUCUGUCCCUUUUGUUAGCCAAAGACCAAGAGACAUGAUGGUACAGCCCACACAGACUGUGCAAGAGAAAUCUCUCUCUACUCUCAGGAAUUACCUGCCAAUAUCAUUGACUCUGGGAGUCUCGGAUACUCAGACCCCUUUCUGGCCCCAAAAGCAAGAAAAGUGCCAGAAUCACAAAGAUGACACAGGAGUACUGCAGUUGAAGGACUACUCUCAGCCUCAUCCUGAGCACCAAAACCACCAACUGCAGGAUCUGGCGCAGGCGGACAUGUAUUACAUUCUGCAAUGGUGGGAUGAGAUCUGCCAGGCUCUGAUUGUGAAGUGGGAUCCUUGAGGAGGGACACACUGA